ACGCUGUACUCACAGGCGGAGCCCGCCCACACCUUUCGGGCGCGGAAGCACAGUGCCCUCUGCUGGUGCGGCCAUCUCGCCUUGUCUGGAGGGCACGCUUCCGGUCUCCAGGGUUACGCGAGACACAAGGGAAGUCUCGCGAAAGAGCUCUGUGGAACGCAGUUUUUCUAACCUGUAGUUCCUACACGGAGAGGUUUUAAUUCUCCGAACUAAUAGACAAGAAAGGAGCACCGCGAAAAGAAAAGAGCCAGCAACAGGAUUGGGCCUGUAGGGCUGAGCGGAAGUCCUGCCCCUCGGCCCGGAAGGAAGUGAACGUCCGGGUGGCUACCCGAGCGCUUGCCGACGUGCGCGGUAGUGAAGCUCUCUUUGGAGCGUGUGGCUCUCGCUGUUAGUUCACAGGUGGCUGCAUUCGCUGAGUCGCUGUCAACCUGAGACGGUGUGUAAGUCAUGGUGAGGAGAUCCGGGCGUCGCGGAGCCGCCAGGUGGGCAGCUGUGCAAGCUGGGGGAGGUCGCACCGCGGCAGACGAAAAUGGAGACGAUUUAGCAGGACCACCCUCGCCCGGGGACUCCAGCUACUACCAGGAUGAGGUAGAUGACUUUCAUGAGGCGCGAGCUCGGGCAGCCUUGGCCAAGGGCUGGAGCGAAGUGGAGAGCGGGGGUGAGGAGGAUGCCGAGGAGGAGGAGGAGGAGGUGCUGGCCCUAGAGGUUGACGAUGAAGACGAAGACGGAGAGAGUGAGAGGGGGGAGGAGGAGGACGGUGAUGACGAUGAUAACGACGGUGGCAGCUCCGUUCAGAGUGAGGCUGAGGCCUCUUGGGAUCCCAGUUUGUCUUGGGGUCAAAGGAAAAAACUUUACUAUGACACGGACUAUGGCUCCAAAUCCCGAAGCCGGCAGAGUCAGCAAGAAGCAGAGGAAGAGGAGAGGGAAGAAGAGGAGGAGGCACAGGUCAUUCAGCGGCGACUAGCCCAAGCCCUGCAAGAGGAUGAUUUUGGAGUCGCCUGGGUGGAGUCCUUUGCAAAACCCGUGCCUCAGGCAGAGGAGGCAGAAACACGGGUCGUGAAGGAUUUGGCUAAAGUUUCAGUAAAAGAAAAGUUAAAGAUGCUGCGAAAAGAAUCACCAGAGCUCUUGGAGCUCAUAGAAGACCUAAAAGUCAAGUUAAGAGAAAUGAAAGAUGAGCUAGAGCCAUUGUUACAGUUGGUGGAGCAAGGAAUCAUUCCAUGUGGAAAAGGGAGCCAAUACCUGAGGACCAAAUAUAACCUCUACUUGAAUUAUUGUUCCAACAUCAGUUUUUAUUUGAUCCUGAAAGCUAGGAGAGUCCCCGCACAUGGGCAUCCUGUCAUAGAGAGGCUUGUUUCCUACCGAAAUUUUAUCAACAAGCUUUCAGUUGUGGAUCAGAAGCUGUCCUCUGAAAUUCGACAUCUGCUUACAUUUAAGAAUGGUGCUGUAAAAAAAGAAUUGAACCCAAAAGCAAAACUCACCAAAGCCAAACCAAAGUCUGCUUCAAAGACUUCUGCUUCUGGGAAUCUCACUAGUUAUUCAGAUUUUAAUGAAGAACCUGCACUGAAAUACUGUAAAGAAAUAAAGGACAGGCAAAAGUUAAAGAGAAAGAAGGAAGAAGCUAGCGCUGAAGAACAGGCUCUUGAAGAUCAGAAUGCAAAGAGAGCCAUUACCUAUCAGAUUGCUAAAAAUAAGGGACUCACACCUAGGAGGAAAAAGAUUGACCGCAAUCCCAGAGUGAAACACAGGGAGAAGUUCAGAAGAGCCAAAAUUCGCAGAAAAGGCCAGGUUCGUGAAGUUCGAAGAGAAGACCAGCGUUAUAGUGGUGAAUUAUCGGGCAUUCGUGCUGGAGUUAAAAAGAGCAUUAAGCUUAAGUAAAAUGUUUGCUUAGCUUGAAGUUUUCGACAAUCAUGUUAGAUUAAUAAAUUUUUAUUUUUAACUAAAGUGAUUGUGUAAGUAAUAUAUUAGUUAAGCUUUCAAGUUCAUGCCAGGGAAGGUAGGGUAGGGAGCUUAUUCUUUAAUUGGUGGGCCCUUUAGUUGAUAUUAAAGUUAUAUAAACUGUAGGAGCAGUGUGAAGAUGCUUGGGAAAGAGAUAGUGCUGAUGGUGUGAAACUUUGUUAAGUACUAGCCUCAGAAAGUUUUCCACUAAAUUAAUUGUGGAGUGUUAAUGGAAUUUAAGCACUUGUAUAACUUUACAUAAAUAGACCAUACCUUAGUCAUCUUAUCUGUAAGACAGUGUGUAGAAAUAGUUCUGACAUGUAUUUAAUUUGCCUAGCUACACUGCUUGGGAAGGAUACCUACUAAAAUUGAGGUAGAUUUUGUGAAAGUAUAGGAGUAAAGCUCAGGAUUUAGCUCAGUGGCACCGUGCCUACUUUGCAGUAGCACUGUGCUACCUCACAAACACAAGGUCCUGAGUUCAAUCCCCAGUAACAAAAAAAGUAUAGGAAUAGAGAGGAACUUUGAUUAUAAGUAGAAA